CUGAACAAUUACUUGGCAUUUAGAGCUAACCACGAGACCAUUUGCCAGACACAAGGUUAGUAGGAGCAUGAGAAGAUGGUUCAGUUCUAUCAGCAUCUCGCUCGUGUGUGAGACGCUUGUCAUGAGCUGCAGUGACCAGCAAAUCUUCACGGGUGCCGCCUACGCUCUCACGCUGCGAUACGUAUGUCCUGAACCCUUGCCCUCAGUAUGCUAGUAGUGAAGGUAGAUUUGUUAAUCCAUGAAAAAUGAAGUGGGAAGGGUGCCAAAUCACGGCGUACCACUACAACAUCAUCGCCAACAUGAUGCUGCUGACGUGCGCGACGCACCUGAUGGCCGUGACCGUUGUCCGUAACUACUGGCGGUUCCCAUGGAUGGGCGGGAUCCGCGUACUCAUCAUGACGGGCGUGUUCACCGUGACGGGGCUGCUACUGUCCAACCAAAACAGCGACGGAAACAACCAGACCCAGUGUGGCCAACAACACUAUCAACCAAUAACAACAGGUUGAUAACGUUGUCAAAAAUUAUCAACAGAACCCCUGCCACUAUUCGGACCCCUGUACGCCGCCGUCCCCCCCCACCUCCUCCCCCCCUCUCCCUCCUC